CUGGUUCUCCACCUCCAGUGAAACGGCCCAAAAGCUAAAUCAGACCCAAUUCUGGAUGAGACACCUCCAGAUUCGAGAGUAACAUAUUUCUUUUUGUUGGCGCAUUUCAAGUUUUCAACCAUUAGGCCAAAGUCGACCGUUGCCAGUUUUGUUAAAGCAAUUUCCCUCUCCAAUUCAACGGUCAUUUUGGCCAUCGUCGAACACUCUCACUCGUUCUCUAGAUUCCUGUUGAGUGGAUUGAAAUGGGAAAGAGUGAAGAAUCAAAAGCUUCGAUUCAGCGACGAAAUUGGGGCAAAAUCUUCAAUGCUGUGACGCAAAUGCUACGGACACAACAAAAUCAGCUCGAAACACUCGUCAAAGAGCGAAAACUUCUUGAAGAUCGCGUAAGAACGCAGCACGAACGAUGGGUUGCUGAUAUUCGUCUUUACGAGGACCAUAUCUCUCAGAUGAAGGAUGAGUUAUUAUUGCGAAAUAUGGAACGCUCACUUGAAGCCUCGAAAUCAGAUCUGCUCAUGGGAAUGAAGCAGACGGAGGUCUAUCUCUGCCGACUGAAAAUAGAACAGUCCGAGAUUGAGUUGGAAGACUUCAAAUCGUUCUUUGAUGAUCUCGUCUCUCAUAAAUGCUCCGAUCCACAAUUACAGGAAAAUUAUUUAAGAAAUGCUUCAGAAACAGCUGAGGCAAAUGGUGAAAGAGAGAGUGCUUCAACAGCAUAUGGAACUACAGAUGGAGAGAGGCGUUUUAAGGCAUUGGAAGGUGAAGUAAGGAGGUUGAGGCGUGAGUAUGAAAAACUUGCCUCGGAAAAGAUGUCGGAGGUUUCUGCGUUAGUGGCCGAGAAGAAAUUUGUCUGGAACCAGUAUAAUGUCAUGGAAAAUGGUUACACAAGUAAAUUGAAGAGUAAGCAUUCAGAGCUUGAACUUGCAAACCAAAAAAUAGAGAAACUUGUAGCCACAUUGGAGCAACUACAAACUUCGAGCAAUGAGAAGGAUGGUAUUAUUGCAACGUUACGAGACCAAGUGGGAAAGAUGGAAACAGACUCAAGUAAAUUAAAAGAAGAAGUUUCCAAACUCUCACAUGAGUUAGAAGUGCAAAGGAAGUCUAUGAAUGCAAAUGCUACCCCUGUGCUGAACCAGUGCACAGCAGGAACUAGGCCAUCUAGUUUGGGAGGCAAGAACUGUAAGAAGAACAGAAGUAACGUCACUAUCAACAAAGACAUGUCUUCUGCGCAAACUUCUCUUUCGGGAAAUCGAAAAAGAAGAGGAGAUGAUGUUAUUUCGAAUCCAGGGACUCCAAGGUUGUUUACAUCUAAUUUCAAAGUCCCUAAACUGAAGAAUGAAAUCAAUUUGUAGAUUGCCAAAUAAACUGUAAUAUGGUCUCAAUUACCAUCGGCUUAUUGGGUUGUAUUUUCUUUCAGUUGUGUAUUGAUAGCAGUGUAUUCUUGUUGUAGCUGAAAAUAGUAGCUUCAGUCAUUAUCCCAUGUAAUCUAUCUAAUUUAGAAAUUAUAAUCUCUGCUUUAGGAAACUUCUCUGGGAAUAUCAGCAUGUUUAUAUAAUUCAUCAGCCUGCACUUUUUAUAUGUUACACAAAACUGAACUAUUAGUUACAUCAUACUUGUGCAUCAUUUCAAAAUACUUCCUCCUAUGCUAUUCUAUGAUACACUUAGGUUCUGCAGUGGCGUUUGACAUUUAAGAUGGGGGCGACCACUUGGAGCGGAAGUAAGGGCGGUUCCAUAGCAAUAUCAGCAGCAGAAACAGCAACACCGCCACGCCCCAAGGCGAGGUCUUUUCGGCCUCCCGAACCGACCUGGUCGUAGUUCUCACUGAAGCAGGCCCAACAACCGUACCAUACACGGCCAUGGAAUUUACAACAAAGAUCAGCAAUAAUAUCAAAGCAAAAAGGAACAACUUGAAGUCGAACACGGUUUUCGUCUGCAACGACAGCAGAAGGACGACGACACCGAAAAAGGCGAGCAGCGGCAUCGGCGGGAGAGACAUGGAGGUCAUCGUUCUCUCUGCCCAUCCAUACUUCCACUCUGGACCUCUUUCCCCCACCAUCCAACUCAUGAUCUUCUCAGUUUAGAAGCUUUUCUCUUCCUCUUUGGUGUAAGUAUCUGCAAAACAAGACACACAGAACAUGAAAAUAUGCAUAAUACGGUGGGAUGGGGGAGGCUUUAGCUUUGUAAGCAAACACACAACCGACUUCCUUUCCCAUAACCAAAGACCUUCUUGGAAGAUUUGAUCUGAUAUGUUUCAGACAGCAAUGGAUAAAAUAUAAGAAGGCGGCGGUUAGUUCUGUUUUGUGUUUGUUGUUUUGUGUUCAGAACUGGACACAUGGUGGCCAUGCAAUGGACUUGAGGAAACUCGGGGAUUUUGGGACAGUGAUCUUAUAUA